UGGACACUUAGUGGGUGGUCUUCUGUCAUCACCUAUUAAGCUGUAUCAUAAUUUGGGAUACAAGGAACUGUGCCAACAUCCUAGGUCAUGGUUCUCAUUAUUUUGAAAGAGACAUAUAUUGCUUGUUUCCCACCACCAAGGGUCUUUCUUCCCUUUCUUGUGUUCUCAGUCAUCUACAUUCUAACAAGGAUACUGCUGAGUUUUUCCAGCAUUCUUUUCUUUAUUUUCACCUUGAAGCCUUUCCAUUUUGCUUUCAUCACAGAGCAUUGAAUAUUGACACCCUUUUUUCCCCCAGAUUUUCUUCAUGAAUAUAAUGUAUUUGGAAGACUUCAUAAUGAAGAGAAACCACUUGAAUUUAAUGAAUCUGGGAAAGCCUUCAACAGUAAAAAUGAUCUAGAUCAAGAUCAAAAAAUACAUACUGGAGGAACACCUUGUAGCUGUAAUGACUGUGGGAAAGUCUUCGGUCAGAAUCAACACCUAAAAAUACAUACAAUAUUUCUUACUGCCAAGAAUCCCUUUGAAUAUAAUGAAUAUGGGGAAGCUUUCCUAGCUGAACAUCAAAGAAUUCACACUGAAGAUAAACCAUAUAAGUGUAAUUUAUGUGUCAAAGUCUUCAGCAGUAAAUACUUCUUAGGGCAACAUGAGAAAAAUCAUACUGGAGAUGUACUCUAUAAAUGUAAUGAAUUUGGAAAAGGCUUUAGAAAGAAAGGAAGCCUAUAUGAACAGAAGAGAGCUCACUUUGGUGAGAGACCUUACUUAAUUAAUAAAUAUGGGAGAGCCUUCACACAGCAGGGAAGCCUAAAAAUCCAUGAGGUAGUUCAUAAUGGAAAAAAGUCCUUUGAGUGUAAUGAAUGUGGUAAAGGCUUCAAGCACCGAUCAGUUCUUUUAAGACAUCAGACAAGUCAUACUGGAGAAAAACCUUAUAUAUGUAAUGAAUGUGGGAAAGCCUUCAGCCAAAAGGGAAACCUUAAAAUGCAUAAGAUAAUUCAUUCCAGAAAUAAGCCUUUUGAAUGUAUGGAAUGUGGAAAAGGUUUCCGGAAUAGCUUUUCCCUUUUACAACAUGAGAGAGUUCAUACAGGAGAGAAACCCUUUGACUGUAAUGAAUGUGGGAAAGCUUUUAGUCAAAAGGCAAACCUUAAUUCACAUAAGAGGAUUCAUACUGGAGAAAAGCCCUAUGUAUGCAAUGAGUGUGGGAAAGCGUUCAGUCAAAAGGCCAGCCUUAAUUCACAUAAGAGAAUUCAUACUGGAGUAAAACCAUAUUCGUGUAGUGAAUGUGGAAAGACCUUUAGUCAAAAGGGAAAUCUUAAAAUGCAUAUGAUAACUCAUACUCAGAAGAAGCCCUUUGAAUGUAUUGAAUGUGGAAACAGCUUCAGAAAUACUUUUCACCUUUUACAACAUGAGAGAAUUCAUAUUGGACAGAAACCCUUUGAAUGCAAUGAAUGUGGGAAAGGCUUCAGACAUAUUUCAGUGCUUUUGAGGCAUUAUAGAAGUCACACUGGAGAGAAACCUUACGAGUGUAAUGAAUGUGGAAAAGCCUUCAGCCAAAAGGGAAACCUUAAAAUGCAUAAGAUAAUUCAUACUAGAAAGAAGCCCUUUGAGUGUAUGGAAUGUGGGAAAGGCUUCAGGAAUAGUUUUUCCCUUUCACAACAUGAGAGAAUUCAUACUGGAGAGAAACCUUAUGUGUGCAACGAAUGUGGAAAGGCCUUCAGCCAAAAAACAAACCUUAAUUCACAUAAAAGGAUUCAUACAGGAGAAAAAGCAUAUUCGUGUGAUGAAUGUGGGAAAGCUUUUGGAAAUAGCUUUUAUCUUUUACAACAUGAGAGAAUUCAUACUGGAGAGAAACCCUUUGAAUGUAUUGAAUGUGGGAAAGGUUUCAGGUACAUCUCAAUCCUUUUGCGACAUCAGAGAACUCAUACUGGAGAGAAACCUUAUGAAUGUAAUGAAUGUGGGAAAGCUUUCAGCCAAAAGGGAAACCUUAAAAUGCAUAAGAUAAUUCAUUCUAAAAAGAAGCCCUUUGAAUGUACAGAAUGUGGGAAAGGCUUCAGGAAUAGCUUUUCCCUCUUACAGCAUGAGAGAAUCCAUACUGGAGAGAAACCCUAUGAAUGUAACGAAUGUGGAAAAACCUUCAGACAAAAGACAAACCUUAAUUCACAUAAAAGAAUUCAUACUGGAGAGAAACCCUAUGUAUGUAAUGAAUGUGGAAAAGCAUUCAGCCAAAAGGCCAGCCUUAAUUCACAUAAAAGAAUUCAUACUGGAGUGAAACCAUAUUCAUGUAAUGAAUGUGGAAAGGCCUUCAGCCAAAAGGCAAGCCUUAAUUCACAUAAGAGAAUGCAUGCUGGAGUAAAACCAUAUUCAUGUAGUGUUUGUGGCAAAGGCUUCAGUAAUAACUUUUACCUUUUACAACAUGAGAGAAUUCAUAGUGGAGAGAAACCCUUUGAAUGUAAUGUAUGUGGGAAAGGCUUCAGACACAUCUCAGUCCUUUUGAGACACCAGAGAAGCCAUACUGGAGAGAAGCCCUAUGAAUGUAAUGAGUGUGGGAAAGCCUUCAGCCAAAAGGGAAAUCUUAAAAUGCAUAAGAUAAUACAUUCUAGAAAGAAGCCCUUUGAAUGUAUGGAAUGUGGGAAAGGCUUCAGGAAUAGCUUUUCUCUUUUACAACAUGAGAGAAUUCAUACUGGAGAAAAACCAUUUGAAUGUAAUGAAUGUGGGAAAGCUUUCAGCCAAAAGACAAACCUUAAUUCACAUAAGAGAGUUCAUACUGGAGAAAAACCCUAUAAAUGUAUCCAUUGUGGGAAAGCCUUCAGCCAAAAGGGAAGCCUUAAUAAGCAUCACAAAACUUGUAGGGGAGAGAAACACUUUGAAUAAAAUGAAGGGGCACUAGCCUAUAGUCAGAGCUUAAACAAUUAUAAUUCAGUACUUAUAGACCCUUAAAAUAUAGUGAAAUUUGAGAAAACCUCACAUAGUUCAUUGGAAGCAUGGGAUUCAUAAUGGGCAUAAACCCUGUGAUUCAAAUGAAUGGGAAAACCUUCAGCUGGAAGGAAAAGUAAUAUACAUAUUUGAGAAAUCUUUUUCAUGUAAUGAGUGGGAUUAAAAAAAAGUUAUAUAAACUUUUAAGAACCAUGAGACUUAAUGCUGGACAAAACAUGAAUGUACAGAAUAUGAAAAAGAUUUCAUGAGGAAAAAUAAACAUUGUACAUUAGAAAAUUUAUACUGAAGGCAAGGACAUAGUGUAAUGAAUAUGAGUAAACUUUCAAAAAGUAGAAAGUGAGGAUCACAAGAGACUUCAUACUGGAGAGAGAAAUUCUUUGGAUGUAAUGAAAGCCUUCAGGCCAAGUCAGACCUUUUUUUAUACAUCAUGACAUCAUUAUGGUGGGUAAUUAAAAAAAAAAUUGGGAAAGCCUUCAUCUAGUGGAAAUAACUCACAGAACAUAAGCUAAUUCAUACUGGUGAGGAUCUCCAUAAAUGUAAUGAAUAGAUCAUGCCUCAUUCCAGAUGCCAUGCUGGAAUUUAACUGUACAAAUACAUAAUGGAGGGGAAAAACUUUGGAAAAUGCUAGUCACAGAACCUCAAAGUUGGAAAGCAUUCUAGAAGCCAUCAAGUUCAACCUUCAUUUGAAACAAAAUUGCCCCUACAACAUUUCAGAUUACAACUUGGAAUUUCUUUUAAGAUUUUUAAAGAAGGAGAACUUACUGCCUCCCAAGGAAACUGACUCCAUUUUUUCGACAGGGCUAAUUAUUAACAAAUUUAUACCCUUUUGACACAUUUUUUUCCCCUUUUAAAGCAACUUCUCCCUAUUCCUCCUAGUUUCACCUGCAGGUGAAAAAACACUUAAUUUCCAUGGAUGGUACGAAAGAUAUUUGAAGAUAGUUAUUAUGUCAUUCAUCUAUCACCACUACCUCUGAAGUCUUUUCUUCAGGUGAAACAUCUUUAGUUCUUUCCUCUUAUCCUUAUGAGUUGGUCAUGAAAUAAAGGCCCUUCACCUUCCUGUUUGCUCAUUACAGCACAUUCCCUCAGAUAAUAUUAAGAUGUUCCCAGAAUGUGUAAAUGAAGAAGCAUUUUCUACAUGGCAAACAUACUAAGUGCUGGAGAUACAAAUAUGAAAAUGAGACAGCCCCUGUCUUUAAGGAGCUAAUAUUCUAAUUGGUUAAAAUCAUGCAGCUUAGAGGAAUGUUUUCCCAGGAAAAUUGAGAAAUCACAAGAAGGGUGAAUGGAGCCAUAGAGAAAUUGAUUGACAUGUUUUUUUGGUGGUAGCAAUAACAGUAUUAAUUUAAUUUUCAACAUGGUCCCUGAGCUGGAAAACUAGGCAGUGAGGAAUAUGGGGACAAGGGUAUGCAUAUGGUGGCAGUGAAGAUGACAAGCUUACUGUGAUGGAAUAUGAAAUGUGAUUAAGGCAGCUAAAUAUAGAGGGCUGUGUGAUGCUCUCAUGAAUCAGAGCAGUUUAUUUCUCAGGGUGAAUAAUCCAGAGAUGAAAGAUAUAUUUAAGAUAAGAUGAUUAGAUUAGGAAUUCUUAGUUUUUUUGGUUGUACGGACCCCAUUGGCAAUCUGGUGAAACCUGUGAACCUCUUCUCAAAAUAAUGUCUUUUAAAUAUAAAAGAUAAAAUACUUAGGAUUAUGAAGAAAAUUUAUCUCAUUGAAAUAGCAUUAUCAAAAUAUUUUUUCCAUCCAUGUUCCCAGCCGUCCUGAAGCCUAUUUGUGGUCCCUCACUUAAUCCCUGCCUUCAAUUUGGUCUGGACAGUGUUAACAGUAUGGCAGUAUCUCCUUCAUUUUGAUGAUUAUACUUCUCUUCACAUAGCCUAAGAUUGAAUUAGCAUUUUUGGGCUAUUCUUUCAUGAUACUUGACUUUUUCCAAGUCUGUAUUCCACACAGAUCUUUACAUAUGUUUCAAAUCAACUGCACUCUAGCUGUACUGUUUCUCCUUUGUACUCAGGUGUAAGACUUUAUUUACAUGUUACUAUAAAAUGUCAUCUUAAUUUGGACUAAUAUUCUAACACAUUAAAUUUUUGUUUUUGUUGUUUUUGGAAUCUCAACCAUUUGUUUCAAAGUAUCAUUGAUCUUUUUGGGUUUUUGUUAUGGUUUCUGAUAGUUUUGUCUUCUAAGCCAUUAACAAAACUCAUAUAGCCCAGGGGUCAGCACAGAUCCCUGGACCACUUUAUUGAAUAUGAUGUCUCAAAUUGACUGGAAAAAGUUGUCAUUAAAUGAAAUUAUAAUUUAUUCAAUUCUGAAGAGGUCACGUGAAAUUUUGCUCCCAGCUACAGUAAUAUCUGUUUCUUUCAGAGAGAAAUUUCCUGUUAUAGUACAAUGUAACCCACAUAUUUGACAGAGGUUCUGUACUUAACUGCUCACACAUUUAAGCUAGUGGUUUUUGGGCACUUUUUUGGUACUCUUAUGUUCUUGUCUUUUAGCUAGAGAUCAUCCAGGUAAACAAGCACUUCCUAUUAGUUCACAAUAACAGUUAUUUUUUGCAUGAGCUGCUGAAAAGUAGCUGGGUGUUUUGGGAAACCUUUUUUUGUUGUGCCUUAUUUUGACUGCUGUGACCCACCUCACAGUUUUGAGGCACUAUUGAUGGAUAAAAAUUUCCUUUUAGCAGUGAGGCUGAUAAAUAGAUUAUGUCAGCAUCAUUAUUUUUGUUAUGGUUAUUAUCGUUAAUAGUCUCAUUUAUUUUCUUAUUAUUACUUUUUGACUGUAUACUUACAUUGCAAAAUGCAACCCCUGUUUUGGGAGACUUUUCCUGAAUAGAAGAAUCUUUUGUAUUAGAUAAGAUUUAUUUUAAUGAUUUUUUUACCUACACGUUAAGAAUUGAUCUUUUUCAUUUUGAAAGAUUUAAGAACUCUGAUAAAUGAAGUAGACAACCAUAUCUCCAGAGGACUGAUAAAGGAGUAUGCUGUCCAUCUUCUGAAAGGAGUGAUGGAUACAAGGUGCAUACAAGUGGAUGUUUUUGGAUAUGGCAAAUGGGUAGAUUUGCUUUACUUGACAAUGCUCAUUUGUUACAAAGAUUAUGUUUUUCUUUCGUAUGGGGGGGAAGGGAUCUUGCUAAGAAAAGAAAGAAGAGAAUCAUUGCAGUAUUUUUUUUUUUAAUUCUUAGAAGAGAAAGGCUAUUCAGAAGAAAAUAGACAAGCAGAAUAGCUCUGAAAGUAAAAUGUUGAAUUUAUUGUAUACUUUUUUAGAAAAGCAAACUGUGUAUAAUAGACGUCCAUAUUUUCACAUAUCUAAUUUUUCUUUUCUACUUUGUUUAUGAAAUAUUCUAUUUCUUUUUGGCAUCCAUUAACUUUAGAUUACUUUUUUUUCUACUUUGUUUAUGAAAUAUUCUAUUUCUUUUUGGCAUCCAUUAACUUUAGAUUACUUUUUUUUUUAAACAAUGUAAGCUACUUGAGGGCCAGCAUAUUUCAUUUUGGUUGUAUCCCUAGCCCUCCACAGAUUAAGUGCUUAUUAAACUACUGUUGUUUUUAAGGUACUAGUUUUCUUUGAAACAUAGUCAUUUGCAGUUUCGUAGAGUUGCAUGGUAAAAUUUUUCCUCUUGUAAAACUUCUGUAAAAGGCUUUGCGCUUAUGCUUCUAAGAAUAGCAUUGUCAAGGUCAUUCUCAGGCUUAUUUGGAUCCAAAAUGAGGAGUUUGCCCACCUGUGGUAACUGCCAUUUUCCAGUGUCACCUACUAUAUACUCUUUAAUUAUAAAUAUCAGCACAUCAGAGUGUCCCUUACUGCCCCCAGUGAGUGCCUCCAUUUGAGUUCACUGGAGGUCUUUAAUGUGUACUAAAGACAAGUUGCUUCAGAAACUACUUGAGUUGAGAAGAGAAUGUCCUUCAACUCAAACAUAUGACUCCUGGCCAGUUCGUUCUUAAAUGAUUAAGACAGCCAAAGAGCAGCAGAAGUUACUGGUACAAAAUGACAUUUUGCAAUCUCCCAGCCAAAUGAGAAUACUGGUGUUUGUAUCAGUGUGAAAAAGGCUGGUCGAGGAGUACAACUAUGAACAGUUACUAUCUUCUCCAUUGAAAUCUACCUUUUGUCAUGGAAGUCUUGAAUGAGACAUGAUAGGGAGAAUCCCAGAUGUAAUUAUUUUGACUGGAAAUCCUUUUCUUAUUUUCCUGAAUUUUGUUAAUGUACAGAAAAACUGACAGUUUUUGUGAUUUUUAAAUCCUGAUUUUUGGCUGAAGUUAUUGUUUCAAUUUUAUGUUGAAUUUUUAAUCUUUAAAUAUCAUCUACAAAUAAUUAUAUUUUGUUUCUUUUCUGUAUGUACUUUUCCUAAUUUCUUUUUCUUGUCUUUUUGCUAUAGUUAGCAUUUCUGGAACUAUAGAAAAAUAGUACUAACAAUUUUUGCCUCUGAUUAAUCAUAAAGUUCUCUGGUGUUUCUCUGUUACAGAUGAUGUUAGUUCUAAGUUUUAUAUUCAAAAAGGAAAGAUCCACUUAUCGUUAGGGUUUUUCAGUGUUCUAAUGAGACAGUGUUGUAUUUUAAUCAAAAUCUUUUUCUGUAUCAAUAUAAUCUUGAUUUUUUUUUUUUUUGUUAUUAAUGUGGCAAAUGCAGUGACCAAUCAUGACUUCAGAAGACAGAUGAUGAAAGCUGUGUUUGGAGGCUGCUUGAAGCUGUCCUAAACAUAGCAAAUAACAGAGUAGCAUAAAUGACUGAACUCCCUCAAGGAAUGGUUAUAGAAGGGAUUUAUUUGAUAAGGAUACAGUUGCAAAGCACAGGUCAAAGAUGUAUUUUAAUCUGAUUUUGGUGAGUUCUGGUCUCUUCCUCCACCCCCCUUUUUUUUCUUCAUAGAAAUGAGCUAUUGUUCAAGUACCCAAAGGGCCACUACUGUCACAAGCACAAUGCCUUCUGUUAGACUUGAAACCUUUCUGGUUUUGCUUCCUCUAUGGCAGAGAACUGUCCAGAAGUCUUCCUACUUCCCUUGUAACUUGAAUUUUGAGGUGUAUCCCUGCUUAGUGGUUUCCCCUAUUGAAAUUCCAUGUGUGCCCCAGGGCCUUGUCCAGCCCAAUGGUGAUCAUUGCCUAGCACUAGCCCAUGCUGCUCUCUUGUCUCAUCACCCACCAGAAAGCUGCUGGAUUAGAAAUGUGGUGGAAUGAGACAUUUUCAGACAUGGCCAAUGAGUUGGUUUGUUGUUUGGCUGUGCUUGUUACCUAGAAAGGAUUCUUGGGAUGCCUUGGACAGCGACACAGAUACAAAAUUAAAAUGAAAGAAAAGAAUAGCAGUGAAACAUUUAAAAAUAUAAGAAUGGAGCCAGGUUCAGAAAAUAACACAAAGGGCAAUUUUAUAACUACCUGGUUAAAUUCAAUACGGUUUUUUUCUAAACAAACAAGAACACAACUUCACAUACAAUCCUCUUUUUUCAUUUUUGCAUAUUAAAUAUUUGAUUUUACACACACACACACACACACACACACACACAAUCUCUUGCCUGCGUUCCAUUCCUACAUAGCAAUUGCAUUUGGAAAUGUUUUAUUUUUCUUUCUUGGUAACACAUUUUCUUUUCUUCUAAUUGCCUUCCUAUUCCCUGCUCCCAACCCAUCUCCAUCUCUCUUGAAAAGAAAAAGAAACAAAAACAUUUUGUAACAUGUGCAUAGUAAACAAGCUCCCUCUUUGGCCAUUUCUAAAAAUAUAUAUCUGAUUCUGUAACUUGAAUCCAUUACUUGUCUAAUUGAGAUGGGUAUGAUGCUUUGUCAUUGUUCCUCUGGAAUUGUGAUUUGUCAUUGCAUUGAUAAGUCUUUCAGAAUUGUCUUUAUAAUGUUGUGGGUGUAUAAAUUGUACUCCUGGUUCAGUUUAUUCUUACCAAUUUGUAUUUCCCUGAUUUCUCUGAAACCAUCCCUUGAAUCAUUUCUUUACAGUGCAAUAAUCCAUUACAUUCAUAUAUUGUAAUUCACCUCUUCUUCAGUUGAUGAGUAUGCCUUUAAUUUCCAAUUCUUUGCCACUACAAAAAGAGCUAGUAUAAAUAUUUUUGUACAUAUGGGACUUUUUUCUUUUCCUUGAUCUCUUUAGGGUAUUGGCUUAAUAGUGGUAGGAAUGAGUCAAAGGGCAUGCACAAUUUAAAAAAAAAAGGCUUCUGUUUUUAUUUUUUCUCAGUGGAGUGGGGGAGCUAAGGGUAGGGUUUUUCCCCACUGCCACGAAAAAGGGGUCAUUGAAACAUGUUUAAAAUGUACAGAAGAAAACAGGAGGAAAGCCAGAAGAAUCACAAGCAGAACAACUCUGAAAGUAACAUAUGCUGAAUAUAAUUAAAAUGAAAAGAAAGCUGUGUAUAGUAAAGGUUCAGUUUUAUGUAUAACCCUUUCUGUUUUAUGUUUACUGAAGUGCUGAUUUUAGUUGAUUUAGUUUAUUAAGUGCAGAAUAAAAAUAAAUGCAGGAAAAAUGAUAUGCAGAGUUUAAUAACUUCUUGGGAAUAUUCCAAAUUGUUUUUUAUGGCUGGGCAAAUUUAAACCUCCACUAACAAAGAAUUAAUAUGACUUUUCCUGUAGUUACUCCAACAACUGUCUUUUUUUGGGGUGUCAUCUUUGCCAGUCUGAUGGAUAUAAGAUAUAACCAGAGUUGUUUUAAAUUGUACUUCUUUAUUAAUAAUUUGAAGCAUUUUUUAACAUGGCUAUUGACAAGUUAAAUUUCUUUCUUUGAAAAUUGCCUGUUAAUGUUCUUUAACCAUUUAUCUAUUGGGAAGUGACUCUUAUUCUUAUUAAAUUUGAAGCAGUUCCUUAUACAUCUUGAAUAUGUGAUUUUUAUUAGAGAAAUUUCAAAUAUUUUCCUCAUUACUUUCCUUACAGUUUUAACCACCUUAGUUUCAUUUGUGUAAAAACUAUUUUUUUAAGCAUCAGAACUAUCCAUUUUAUCUUAUAUUAUCCUUUCCAUUGCUUGUAUAGUCAUGAAUUCUUCCCUUACCCAAAGCUCUAAAGAAUGUUUUCUUCAUUCAUCCUCUAAUUUGUUUAUGAUGUGACUUUUUAUAUCUAAGCUCUAUAUGUCCAUUUAGAGCUUAAAGAUAUUGAUCUAGCCUAAUUUUUACUAGAUUGUUUUCUCACUAGUUGUUAUCAGUGAGCUUUUCUUUUUGGCGUUGAGAUCUUUAGGUUUGUCAAACAUUGUAUUUGUUUUUGUAUAUGAUAUACUGAAUCUUCCAUUCAUUGACUUUUUUUUUAAAUCAAGUUGAGAAUUUGAAGGAGUAAACAGAAAAAGAAAAAAGUGGCCAUCUUUUAGAGAUGAUGUGAUUAUCUAUCUAGAGAACUCAAAAGAAUCAGCAAAAAAUUAUUGAAAAAAUUAAUAGCCUAAGUGAAGCUUCAGGAUUUGAAUCAUAGAAAUCAUCAGCAUUUCUAUAUAUUGCUGACAAAGUCCAUCAGGCCUGGAUAAAGAAAUUCCAUUCAAAAUAACAAGGAUGUAUAAGAUUUUUUGGAAGUCCCUGUGUUGAGACACAUGAGGAUAACAUGAAUGCAACUACAAACAUUUGACAAAACUAGACAGACAUAAUUGGAGAAAUGUUAAUUCCUCAUGGGUAGGGUGUGCCAAUAAUAAAGACAAUACUGCCUAAAUGACUGCUUAUUCAGUGCCAUACCAGCUAAACUACCAGAAGAGUCAAAGCUAGAAAAAAAAGGAUGAAAUUCAUCUGGAAGAACAAAAGAUCAAGAUUGAAGAGAAAUGAUGGGAGGGGGAAAUGGAAAGGAAGUGGUCUUGUAGUAUUAGAUUUCAAACUAUUAUACCAAAAAGCAGUAAUCAUCAAAAUUACUUGGCACAGAUCUAAAAGUUCUAAAAGAAUGUCCUGGAGGCUUUUAAAAGUCAACAUGACCAAGAACAGAUUCCCUUUUUUUGUCUUCCAAACUUUGCUGUAUAUGUUUAGGGCCAGUCUACUGGAUGCAUAACUGUGGCGUAAGCUGUGGCUCCUCACUCUCCCUUAGACCACAUAUUCAUUUUUCAGCCUUUCACUCACAUCCAAUCUUUUCUCUAUUCAUUCAACUCCUACCUUAGAUUAUUGCCUAGAUUAUUACCACAACCUAAUUGAUAUCCCUUCCUCAGAUUAUUCUCCACUGUAGUCCAUUUGCACAUUGGGAUAAAAAAAUUAAUUUUUCUUAAGAGUAGAUCUGAUCCUAUGACUAGUGACUUCCUAUUUUCUCUAGGAUCAGAUAUACACUCUUCUGUUUGUUUAGCUUUUAAAGCCCCAUACUCAUCUGCCUCCCUACCAAUCUUUCGGCCUUCUUGGUGUUAUUUUCCCUCGCACUCUGCAGUUCAGCCGGUGGGCCACGGCUUCUCAUCUCCCCAGCUUUGGCUCUGGUUGGCCCACACGCCUGGAAUGCAUUCCCCCCCUUCUCUCUCCUACAUAGAGUCAUCUUCCUUUAAGACGCCACUGAAACAGCAUCUUCUGCAUGAAGCCUUUCCUGCUCCCUAACUGCUAGAACCCUCCCUCCUCCACUACCUUAUAUUUAACUAUUCUGUAUAUAUUUGUAUUUAUUCAGUUUUUAUUUAUAUUGUAUACAUUUAUAUAUGUACUUGUCUCCACCAUUAACAUGUAAGCUCCUAGUGAGUAGGGAUUGUUCCUUUGUAUUUGUAUACUCAGUGCCUAGCACACAAUAGGUGUUUAAUAAAUACUUGUAGAUUGAAAUGUA